GACAAUUUUGCGAAUGAUUCACUGUAGGGCGAGGGCGCGUGUUUGGUGUUUGAAACUUGUGAAGUCGCUUAUCAAUAAUGCAGUCCGAUCAAGGAGAUAAUGUGCCAACUUUUAAAUGCGUUCUUGUCGGUGAUGGUGGUACAGGAAAAACUACAUUCGUAAAAAGGCAUCUAACUGGAGAGUUUGAAAAGAAGUAUGUUGCAACCCUUGGUGUUGAAGUACAUCCUCUUGUCUUUCAUACAAAUAGAGGGCCUAUAAGGUUCAACGUCUGGGACACAGCUGGUCAAGAAAAGUUUGGUGGCCUACGAGAUGGGUAUUACAUACAAGGUCAGUGUGCUAUAAUCAUGUUUGAUGUAACAUCGAGAGUCACAUACAAAAACGUGCCAAAUUGGCAUAGAGACUUGGUCCGUGUUUGUGAGAAUAUUCCCAUUGUUCUUUGUGGCAACAAAGUUGACAUCAAAGACAGGAAAGUAAAAGCAAAAUCAAUUGUUUUCCACAGAAAAAAGAAUUUACAGUACUAUGACAUCAGUGCUAAGAGUAAUUAUAAUUUUGAAAAACCAUUCCUAUGGUUAGCAAGGAAGUUAAUUGGUGAUCCAAACUUGGAGUUUGUAGCAAUGCCAGCUCUAGCACCACCUGAAGUUCAGAUGGACCCAGAAUGGCAAGCCAAACUGGAAAAUGAUAUGAGAGAAGCUCAAAACACAUCAUUGCCUGACGAAGAUGACGAUGACUUGUAAUCUUUUCAGCCAGUUCAUAUUUAUACUUAUUUGUAAAUUUUCAAGAGUUUGUACAGUGAAUGAAAUUGUUCAUCAGGGCAUCACUAUUUCGUUUCAUACAUUUCGCUCUCAUAUUUCAUUUGAUGAUUGAAUAUGUGCUGUUAAACUCAACCGUAGUUUUCAAGUUAAGAUCUGUGAUAAAAUGGGCAACUUCAUGUUAAUGUUCCGGUAUUUUUCUAUCAGAUUAAUAAAAAUUUGCGACUAUUGCUUCAUUCUGAAUUUACAAAUUGACCUUGCUUGUUUGCUUUUAAUUUAGCUCUGCUUAAAACUGUAGAGCUUCAUUGUAUAUAUGUAAUAUACUUCUAAAUUUGCAAAUUGUGUUAUUGGCAUAAAUCCUGGAAAUAAAAAUCUAAACUUUUGAUGGACAUUUAAAGCUCUUAACUGGUCUGAAACAAACGUGACCAAUUUAUGUAAAACAUAGAGCAUUUUAAAACCUUUUUUUUUACUUAGGUUAUCAUUGUGCCAUGUCUAUCCUCUGGUGAAGAGUAAAUUCAGUACUAUUAAAUAUUCCUCUAAGAAAUGAGUUUAAGAUUGUAAUAUUUACUAUGCAGUUUAUAUGACAAUUUGUAUAUUUUCGUUCUUAUAUUUCAGUGCAAGACACUUUGCAACACAUGUUUUAAUUCAUGUUAAAUAUGUACUUCAAAAAUUAAAUCUAUUUUAUUCCAAGUUAA